AAUUUUAACGUAUCUAUAUAAAUAUGUAUUUUUCUAGAAGCAAUGAAUAUAUUUAGAACUACUUGUCAAACUAUAGGAUUUAUUGUUCCAAAAUUGUCAUCUGUGGAAUCAUUCACAAGAAUUAUAAAUAAUAAUAUACAUCAAACAUGUAAUAAACAAUAUUCAAAUUUUUCAAACAUGUAUGCGAAUAAAAUUACAUCUAAAUUACUUCAACCAUUACUACCAAUAUAUAAUUUCACAUGUAGUUUAAAAACAAAAACUUUAUUACACCGAAGAUGUAAACAUUGUUUAUUAAUGUGGAAGAAUGAUAGGAAAUAUAUAAUAUGUAAAGUAAAACCAAGACAUAAUCAAGUGGAAAGAGUUAAAAAGGAAAAAAACACAUGGAUAUUAACACAUGCUACACAAAGUAAAAUAAGAGAAUGGUAAAGCAUUAUGUAAAAUAGAUAUUGUUUAAAUUAUGAUUUAAAAUAAAAUGAUUUAAAACGAA